AUAUUAUUAAUAAAACUGCUCCGCCUAAUGUAUAUGUUUAUUUUAUUUAUUCAUUUUAAAUACUAAUUGUCUUUUUCGCUCAAUGUUUCUGCUUGUACUAUGCAAACUGCGGUGGAAUCAAAUAAUGUUGAAAUCUAAUGCUUAGCAUCUACUGAACUUGUUUGGCACCUCCAGCACACCGUAGAACUCAAAAAGUCCAGGAAUAGUUAUAGUACUGACCUUGACAAUGGCUUCUGCAAGAAAUAUAAACCGAUUUUGGGAGUGGGGACGUAAAAUUAUCUGUGUUGGAAGAAAUUAUGCUGAUCAUGCCAAAGAACUGAAAAAUGCGGUCCCAACAGAGCCCGUGUUGUUUCUGAAGCCACCCUCUGCUUAUGUGACGGAAGGGUCUUCCAUUAUGGUGCCUUUUUACUCUCACAAUUUACACCAUGAAGUCGAGCUGGGGGUCGUUAUUGGGAAAGGGGGGACAGCAAUCCCCCAGAACGCUGCCAUGGACCACAUCGCCGGCUAUGCGUUGUGUCUCGACAUGACAGCCAGGGAUGUCCAAGACGAAUGCAAAACUAAAGGUUUGCCGUGGACACUCGCAAAAGCAUUCAACACAUCAUGUCCCGUGAGCGAAUUUAUCACCAAGGAAAAAAUCGCCGACCCUGGCAAUGUAAAGAUUUGGCUCAAAGUGAAUGAUCAGUUACGACAGGAAGGCAACACCUCCCAAAUGAUCUUCUCAAUCCCUUUUCUCAUCAGCUACAUCAGCGAGAUCAUUACUUUGGAAGAGGGGGAUCUGAUUUUGACAGGGACCCCGAAAGGAGUAUCAAGCGUUCAGGAACACGACGAACUGCAGGCAGGGAUCGAGGGCAUUGUGAGCGUGAAAUUCAGAGUGCAUAGGCCAUAGUGACCUUCGUAAAAUCUCCCUAACAAUUUUAAGUUGAGCAAUCAGUGCAAAAUGUAAACAUUAUCAAAAGCUACAGAAAUGUGAAUUUUUUCGCAGUGGUAAUACAUUGUUUAUAGGCAUAAAUACUACACGGUUCCUUAUUCGAGGAAUACAUUAUAUUAGUAUUUUGGUAAUUACAUUUGAAGCGUAAAUAAAGUAGUCGCAGGCCAGGAUUGUGUAAUUUUCUGAAAUACACGUCACAGGUGUCA